AUGCCUCGUGAAGAGGAACCACACUCGGAGAAGCAACCGGACAAUCACCACGGGGAUCAAUAUCAUUCGGAACCGCAGUCGAGCUCUCAGCAGGGAAAUCAACUGGUCGUCCUGGCAACGGCAAUGGUUAUUGCCCUGAAUCACCACGGAUACUCAAGACCAGCAAGGAUCCUCAUCGACCAAGGCUCAGAAGUGUCAUUGGUAUCUGAGCGCUUGGUCAAUCAACUACAAUUGAAACGGAGGUCCUCAUCACUAUCAAUUGUCGGCAUCGGAGAAGCUUCCUCGGGAAGCACGCGUGGGGUUGUGUCAUUCGACUUACAACCGAGACACAAUUCUACUGCGCUGCUAAACUUGGAGGCUCACAUCAUGAGGAAGCUCACGGCAAAGAUCCCACCAUUUGCCUGUGACACACGGACUCCCCAAGAACUAUGGGAACUCAAUUUGGCGGAUCGGACAUUCCUACAACCUGGGGCUAUCGACAUAAUCAUCGGAGCUGAUUACUACGGAAAAAUUAUCACGGACGGAAUUAUGAGAUACAACGGAACAGGUCUCAUAGCCCAGCAGACAUCCUUUGGCUGGGUAGUAUCGGGGCCAGUCUGCUGUACAGGCUGCGCUAAGAAGCGGUCACUGAGGGUGACCACACGGACCAUCAACCAACAAUUAUUGGACUGCUUAAAGAAGUUCUGGACGCAGGAAGAAAUACCGGACAACCCAUCAACGGUAAUGAGUAAGGCUGAUGCAGAAUGCGAGCAGCAUUUUGUGGAAACUCAUAGAAGAGACGCAACGGGACGGUAUACAGCUCAUACACUAUACCGGAAAUUCAUUAAGGAGUAUGAGGCCUUGGAUCACAUGCAACGGGCACCAGCGACGUCAGAGACACGGCUGGCAUACUACUUGCCUCAUCACGGAGUGCUGAGACCGGAUAGCACGACGACCAAACUAAGGGUCGUAUUCGACGCUUCACACAGAAGCUCUACGGGAGUGUCACUGAAUGACAUCCUUCAUUCAGGACCGAAACUUCAAACGGAGUGCUCUGACGUCCUCAUCUGGCUUCGUCGGCAUCGAUUGGUCUUCGGAGCGGACAUCGAAAAAAUGUUCCGUCAGAUUCGCGUCCAUCAGGAUGAUUGGGGCUAUCAACGAAUCUUCUGGAAGGACGACGACGGCCAGAUCAUCGAAUAUCAGCUAACAACGGUCACUUACGGCACCAGCUGUGCACCUUGCCUGUCUCUUCGGGUGCUGAAGCAGCUGGCAAUCGAUGAAGCUCAUCGAUUUCCUUUGGCUUUAUCAACGUUCACACGGGGGCGAUACGUUGACGAUAUCUACGGAGGUGCAGAAACCGAAGAGGAAUUGGAAGAAAUAAUCAAGGACCUAAUCGGACUCUGCAUGGCGGGCGGCAUGCCACUGCAGAAAUGGUGCAGCAACGCGCCACGGACACUCGGACAACUCGGAAUAUCGGCGGAAUCAGCUCCAACUAUCGAAUUCGGGCAAUCAUCAGUGAAAGUGUUGGGCCUCUGCUGGCAGCCUCAGACAGACACUUUCUACUUCAAGGCAAGGAACUUCAGCGGAGACACCAUCACCAAACGCGUAAUCCUGUCCGAGAUUGCGCAAAUUUAUGAUCCUUUGGGACUAAUAGCACCGGUCACCAUCACGGCAAAAAUAUUUAUUCAAGAAUUGUGGCUGCUCAAACUCGACUGGGACGAGCAAAUACCAAUGACACACGCUAAACGGUGGAGAAGUUUCAGGGAGGAACUUCAACGGUUGAGCAGCCUAUCAAUACCACGAUGGCUACAUCUUUCAGCGGGAAAGAAAAUACAACUACACGGAUUUGCGGACGCAUCGACCCUGGCAAUGGGUGCAUCGGUCUAUCUUCGAUCCUGGUCAGCACCAUCGGGAACCAACGUCAACCUGGUUUGUGCCAAAACCAAGGUGGCUCCCCUCAAGAAGAUGACCAUUCCACGGCUGGAGCUCACGGCAGCUGUCAUGGUCACAAAUCUAAUGGCCUAUGUACAGCGAGCUCUGGAACUUGAGGAUGCGGAGCUCUACUUAUGGAGCGACUCAUCAGUAGCCAUCGCAUGGAUCAACGGAGAUCCAUCACGGUGGAAGGACUUUGUGCAGAACAGGGUUCUCAAGAUCCAAGAAACCCUGCCCACUGCCAAAUGGAAUCACAUCAACGGCAAGGAGAAUCCAGCGGACUGCGCAUCAAGAGGAAUAUCACCAACGGAAUUGCGGGAGCAUCAUCUCUGGUGGACUGGACCAUCAUGGCUUGUCCAACCACCAGAACAAUGGGUAGCAGCAUCAACGGAAGCAGCAUCAACGGAAUUAGCAUCAACCUCGGAAUUAGCAUCAGCGGUGGCAAUGGAGGCGAAACCACCCACCAUCAGCUCAUAUCCAGUGCACAUUGUCGACGAAGAUGCACUGAUCAAUCGGAUUUCGUCAUGGAACAAGGUAGCUCGAAUCACAGCCUGGGUGAAUCGAGCAGUAAACAAAUUCAAGGGACAACCAACACCGGAUUCUCCACAACUCGGAACUACGGAAAUAGAGGACGGAAGACUGUUCUGGGUUAAGUACACCCAACGGCGAUACUUCGAACGGGAAAUCAACAUAUUGAAGACUGGAAGAUCACUGGCAGCCAAGCAUCGUAUGGCGACGCUGACGCCAUACCUGGAGAACGACGUCAUGCGCAUGGGCGGACGUCUUCGGAAUUCAACAUUGGAUCUGGAGGAGAAGAAUCCAAUUAUUCUCCCACGUCACUCACCGCUAUCAUCACUUAUCAUUGCGGAAGCUCAUCAGAGGAGCUUCCACGGGGGAACGCAACUCACGUUGGCACACAUCCGGCAGAGGUACUGGAUCAUCGGAGGACGGGCACCAGUACGCUCACACAUAUUAAAGUGCGUCAUCUGCGCACGUCAUCGAGCUGUGCGAGCUCAACAGCUGAUGGGACAGCUGCCAUCGCGACGAGUGACACCAUCACGAGUCUUCCUUCACUCAGGAGUAGACUUCGCCGGUCCAAUCAACAUCCUGAGGUGGAGAGGCUCCGGGGCAGGCAAAACAAUGUACAAAGCGUACAUCUGCCUAUUUGUCUGCUUCGCCACAUCCGCCACACACUUGGAACUGGUCACAGAUCUCACGGCGGACGGAUUCAUCGCAGCGUACAAGCGAUUUACGGCAAGACGGGGAAUUUGCGCGACCCUGACCAGUGACAGGGGACUAAACUUCAUCGGGGCAGAAAAGGAAUUACGGCAAAUUAUCCACCAGGCAUCCAGCGAAUCGGCAACCAUCAAGAACUGGCGAGCAACAAACGGAACGGAAUGGAGAUUUAACCCGCCCUACUCGCCACACAUGGGAGGCAAGUGGGAGGCCGCGGUUAAAUCCACGAAACAUCAUUUACGGAGAGUGAUAGGAAAUUCAACUCUGACGUACGAGGAAUUUACGACUCUUCUGACUCAGGUUGAAGCCAUCCUGAACUCGAGGCCACUCUGCCCGAUAAAUAACGACCCGCAAGACACAACGGCAUUGACACCAGGGCACUUCAUCAUCGGCGGAUCGCUGACAGCGAUUCCAGAACCAAGUCUGGAACACAUCAACACGGAUCGGUUAAACCGGUGGCAACUUAUCACGCAGAAGGUGCAGAACUUCUGGGACCAUUGGGCACGCGAGUGCGUGCAUCGCUAUCAACAAAUCUAUCGGUGGAGGAAACCAACGGACGACAUUAAAAUUGGGACGUUGGUUCUCAUAUCAAACGAGCAGGAACCGCCAACCAGAUGGCCCCUGGCUCGAGUCAUCAGGAUCCACCCGGGACGGGACAACUUGACCAGGAUUGUCACACUUUGGAAGGGCAACAAGGAAACGCAGCGGGCAAUCCAUCGAUUGGUACCACUACCAAUCAACGGCGACCUACUGGAAGGUCAAAACUAA